AUUCAUAUGGGUAGACUGCCUCUACUCAUAAGCGUCUCACCCUACCUCCCGUCAAACUAAGUCGCUCUUUCGUCUCCCACUUAGCAGUGACAGCCAACCUCCAAUGUGCUCAGUCAGUGGCUAUCGAGAGCGGUCGUUAUUGCACCUGCUUCGGUAGUGGUCGUUGGGUAGCAUCCGGCACGCGCGAGAAUACCCCGUGAGUGACUAAACUUUAGAGAUCCGAAAGAGAUCAUUUAACGUCAUGGACGUAAGGCUGCAUCUGAAGCAAAUUGCUUGUCUGUGUUUUAUCAACCUGCUUCUGACGCCUUGUGGAUUAGCCUGCGGUCCUGGUAGAGGGUAUGGAAACCGAAGACACCCAAAGAAAUUAACCCCGUUGGCUUACAAGCAGUUCAUUCCCAACGUCGCUGAAAAAACGCUCGGGGCCAGCGGCAAACACGAAGGCAAAAUCACAAAGGAUUCAGAGAGAUUUAAUGAGCUGAUUCCGAAUUAUAAUCCCGAUAUCAUCUUUAAAGACGAGGAAAAUACAAACGCGGACAGACUGAUGACCAAGCGCUGUAAGGACAAGUUAAAUUCGUUGGCGAUAUCCGUUAUGAACCAGUGGCCGGGCGUGAAACUGCGCGUCACUGAAGGCUGGGAUGAGGAUGGUCACCAUUCCGAAGAAUCUUUGCACUACGAGGGACGCGCAGUGGACAUAACUACCUCAGACAGGGAUAAAAGCAAGUAUGGGAUGCUAUCUAGGCUUGCAGUGGAGGCAGGAUUCGACUGGGUCUAUUACGAAUCUAAAGCCCACAUACACUGUUCCGUCAAAGCAGAAAAUUCGGUCGCUGCUAAAUCAGGGGGAUGUUUUCCUGGAACGGGUACAGUGACACUUGCAGACGGGAGGAGGAAACGUAUCAGAGAUCUUAAAGUGGGCGACCGGGUUUUAGCAUCAGACGAGAGAGGAAAUGUCUUAUUUAGCGAAUUCAUUAUGUUCAUGGACCACGAUCCGAAAACGAAAAGACAAUUCGUCGUCAUCGAGACGUCAGAGCCUUUUACAAAGCUGACCCUCACAGCCGCGCACCUUGUCUUCAUCGGGAACGCUUCAGCUAGUUUGGGUAUUACAGCAACAUUUGCAAGCAACGUGAAGCCCGGAGAUAACGUUUUGGUGUCGGAUGGCACAAGCAGGACCCUCAAGAGCGUUACCGUAAAGAGGAUUUACAAUGAAGAGCACGAGGGCUCUUACGCGCCAGUUACAACUCACGGAACUAUAAUAGUGAAUCGGGUGCUGGCUUCGUGCUACGCGGUUAUUGAGAAUCACACAUUGGCACAUUGGGCUUUUGUACCGGUCAGGUUAAGUCACAAGCUGAUGACGUGGCUUUUUCCGGCUCGUGAUUCAAACGUCACUUUUCAGGAGGACGGCAUCCACUGGUACUCAAAUAUGCUGUUUCACAUCGGAUCUUGGCUGCUGGACAGAGACUCUUUCCAUCCUCUCGGGAUUUCACAUUUAAGCUGAGACUGCAGCUAUACAGUGUUUCACUACGUGGACAUCAGACUAUAUGUAGCCUAUCUUUAUUUUCUGUAAGAAAAGCCUUAAAGUGUUCACUCAAUAAUUUAUUUGUAUUGGAUUAUCUGUUUCUGAAAACGUAGGCUACACGCCGUUUCAAGCAUGUGACCGUUUUUUGUGCAUUUUGUGAAACAUAAAAGAGAGUAUAGGAUUUAAGAGAAAGCAUUGAAAUUACAGGACUGUAACGUUACAGUGAGUGUGCAACCGACUGUUCUGUUAUAUUGGAUAGGCUAAGCAUAGGAUGGCGCUCAAAAUUAUAUUUUUAUACACAGAUUUGUAUAUUAUUAGAUUUUUGAGGGAUCUAAAAGUAUUUACAGAAUCAUAUUUCGUUAUUUGAAAUAGUGCCAAGUACGAAAGCGCGGUAAAUUUAAACAGUUGCGAUGUAUCAACGAACUGUUCAUGCCAUUAUGUCAUGUGUCAUUGUUUUUGUGUAGCCUAUUCACUACACUAACAGUUUUUUGUUUAAAUGUACAUUUCUUGACAAAAGUACUCAAAAUAAAUUCAUGGUACGAAGUGUAAAUUAUUCAAUGACCUUCAGAGCUUGACUUAAUUUGGGGGUUAAAAUGUCUUUUUGAGAAAAAGUUAGCUUACCAUCAAAUAGGCCAUUUUAAAGGUAUUUUAAACAACUAAAACUAAAAAUGCUAAUAUUUGUGUUAUUUUCUUGAAAUACUAUAAAGUGAUAACGGAAACCGCUCGAGCAGCCUUCGGUUGCUAGGUUACCCCUGGUGGGAGCGCGACUUUAGUUAACCCCGUUG